AACCUUUAGCAGCACUUUAAUUGCAAUCUUCCUGAACUCACGGCAUUACAAAAAUAGUGUUCCUUAUGCAAAGGAAAUAGCGGCAUCAUGAAAUUAUCCACCUUUUUGACGACUUGUUGCAUCUCACCGGCGACGAUUUUACUUAUUCUGCUCGGUCUUAACAAUGCUUCUAGCCAAAUUAUAGAGGAGCCAUUACUUGACGAGAUUGAGAGGGCAGGAUUCUUAUUCUUCUGGGAACAGGCGGACCCUAUCACGGGUCAAGUGAAGGAUCGAUCAUUGUCAGGUGGAAAUCCUGACCCGAGAAAUAUGUCCUCAAUUGCUGCAACAGGCUUUGGACUAGCAACCUUGGCCAUGGCGCAUAAUCGAGGAUAUGCGAAUAGAUAUUUAAUCGAACAACGUGUCCUAAAUACGUUACGAUUCAUAAAAAACAACAUGACCAACGUCAACGGCUGGUAUUACCAUUUUAUCGACAUGUACACUGGGGUACGUUGGGAAACGAUUGAGCUGAGUUCGAUAGACACUGCCCUGUUGAUGGGAGGCGUGGUCACUGUCGGGCAGUACUUUAAGGACAUACCAGAAAUUGUAUCGCUUUCGAAAGAACUUUAUGAAGCGGUAGAUUUCGUUUGGAUGAUGAACGGGACAGAAUUUAUUACCAUGGGGUGGACGCCAGAAAGGGGGUUUAUAGACGAUUCGUGGAAUCGGUAUUGUGAAUUACUGGUCUUGCUAGUACUGGCUAUUGGGUCACCAACUCAUCCGAUCCCGAUAAAUUCUUGGAAUGUGUUUUCGAGGCCCAACUUCACCUACAUGGAACAUAACUAUAUCCAUUUCCCAACGCCACUAUUUGUCCACCAAUAUUCCCAUGCUUUCAUCGAUUUUGAAAACUUGAGAGAUAAUUUUACCAUUGAUUAUUUCCAAAAUUCCGUCACUGCUACGAGAGCAACUAAAGAUUUUUUCGUUCACGAAAUGUCUCAAGUGUAUAAUGACUACACUGAAAAUUUUUGGGGAGUUACGGCAUCUGAUACUCCAUACGGAUACGAUGCUUGGGGAGGUCCUCCACUUAUGGGGCAGAUUGAUGGAUCAAUUGUCCCUUGCGCGGCUGCUGGAUCGGUUCCUUUUCUUCCUGCAGAAACCAUUGCUGUUUUAAAGAACAUCCGAGAAAACCACACUGCUCAAGGUUGGACAAGAUACGGCUUCGUGGACGCUUUCAACCCAUUAACGAACUGGACCAACCCAGACGUAAUUGGAAUUGAUGUCGGGAUUACGGUCCUGAUGGCGGAGAACUAUAGGACUAAAUUUGUCUGGCAGAAUUUCAUGGCUAACCAGCAUAUUGCCGAUGCCAUGAAUAAAAUCGGGUUUGUGCCUUAUGUGCCAACAAAGUAGAAAAUGGGAAACAAAGAAACUCUUCGUUUCUCCUCGAUCAAGCCAACUAAAUAUUUUAGAAAUUAUGUCACACAUGCAUACCUUCAAUUUGAAAAUAAAUGAUGACUAAUAGGCGGAAAAUUUAUUUGUUUUGGCAGAUAAGUACAUAUACAGAAGUACAUAAAUAGAUUGUCAAUUUGUAGCUAUGUACAUGUAUAUUAGUAGUACAAAAUUUUCCUUCAUGUGUAACAUUUCCUUCCAACCAGGUGGUAUUGAUAAGUAAUACCGAAUUGUGAUAGCUUUGUAUUACAGUUCGCAUAUCGCUGGCAAAUUUUUAAAAACCAGUGUAAUUUUAGUACCAAGCGGUAUCAACUUUAAUCCAGAAUAUUAACUGCGUGACCAUACCAGAUUUCUAACAGUAAAGAACAAUGCAAAGCAA